AUGGGAAAAUCUGUGGAUAUCGAGGCCCUCAUUGCCUCGUUGACCUUGGAGGAGAAGAUAACACUCUUGGCUGGGCAGAGCUUCUGGGACACUGCUGCUAUUCCUGAGAAAGGCAUUCCGAGUAUCAAGACUUCGGAUGGACCUAAUGGAACGCGAGGUGUGGACUUCCUGGGCAACACCCGGGCGGCUUGCUUCCCAGCAGCGAGUUGUGUCGCCGCCUCCUUCGACCGCGAGAUUGCGCGGUCAUUGGGGAAGGCGUUGGCCGAGGAGGGCCGCAGCAAGGGCGCAUCAUGCCUACUCGCGCCGACCGUCUGCAUCCACCGGCAUCCGCUGGGCGGCCGCAACUUUGAGUCUUACAGCGAGGACCCUUUCCUCACGGGCAAGCUCGCCUCGCAGAUGAUCCAGGGCGCCCAGAGUCUCGGCCUGGCGGCGACGAUCAAGCACUUUGUCGCCAACGAGCAGGAGACUGAGCGCCUGACUGUGGACGAGACCAUCAGCGAGCGGGCUUUGCGUGAGAUCUACCUGCGGCCCUUUGAGAUUGCUAUCAAGGAGGCGAAUCCCUGGGCUGUCAUGACUGCCUACAAUAAAAUCAACGGUGUGCACUGUGACUCCAACCCCUGGCUCCUGGGCCAAGUGCUGCGCGGAGAGUGGGGAUGGAAGGGGGUUGUCAUCAGUGACUGGGGUGGUACUAAUUCUGUCGCUGAGGGUAUUAAGGCGGGUAUGGAGGUAGAAAUGCCUGGUCCACCACGUGUUCGGAAAGUUGAGGUUGUCCUCGAGGCUGUCAAGAACGGCGAGCUGACCGAGGAGGACAUCAACGAGCGGCUAAGAAACCUUUUCGAGUUUCUCGACAAGCUGAAGGCUUUCGACACCGACCACAAGGUCGAGGUCGAGACUGCAGUUGACAGGCCAGAACAUCGUGUUCUCAUCCGGCAUGCCGGCGCGAGGGGCAUGGUCCUGCUGAAGAACGAAAACAAUGUCCUGCCCCUGACAAAAGAGAAGGUCAAAGGCAAAAAGAUUGCGCUCAUCGGUCUAGCCAAGGAUGCCUUGACAAACGGCGGUGGCAGUGCUGGUGUCAACGCCCAUUACAAGAUUACCCCCUGGGACGGCCUACAGGCUGCGCUCGGUGAUAGUGUCGAGUUUACGUACGCCAAGGGUGUGCACCGAGAACGUCUGCUCAGACCCAUCCCCAUAGAUGGUUCUCAGGGCAAGAUUGUCGGUCUGGAUGGCCAACCCGGCUUCAGCUACCUCCUCUACGACCUGGACAACACAUCAGAACCCACCUCCACACGUCACUCAUACCCCAACUCGACCUACAACCCGCUUGGUUCACAAGAGACGAUGUGGAAGAUCCUUGAGAUUGUCGGUGACUUUACUCCCAAGGAGACCGGCAACCACUACAUUGCAGCCUCCGGCUUUGGCACCACGCAAAUCUUCGUCGACGACCAGACCAUCUUUGAGCAGAAGGGGAACACGAACGAUCCCAUGGGUGCUCUGUUCCAGUCAAUGAAUGAGGACGAGUUCACGCACAGGUUCGAGGCCGGCAAGACCUACCGCCUGCGUAUUCGCAGCCACCCACCGACGAAUAUUGGUUCCAAGAUCAUCGAGGGCCGCACCGGCGUGCGUAUGGGAUUUAUGCUCGAGUCGGAGCAUGAUGCGGACCUGGAGGGCGAGGCGGUCCGGGCUGCCAAGGAGGCCGACCUUGCGAUCGUUUUCACUGGCCACGACCCCCAGUGGGAGACUGAGGGACGUGACCAAGACUCCUUCCAUCUCCCAAGCAAGGGUAGCCAGGACAGGCUUGUGGCUGCGGUUGCGGGUGCUAAUCCUCAGACUAUUGUUGUCAACUCCACUGGUGUGGCAGUUGCGAUGCCCUGGCUCGACCAGAUUUCCGGUCUGGUUCAGUCCUGGUUCUCUGGCCAGGAGUGCGGUAAUGCGAUCGCAGACGUUCUGACCGGCGCUGUCACGCCCGAGGGCCACCUCCCGGUCAGCUUGCCCAAGCAUAUCGAAGAUGCCCCUGCCCACGGAAACUUCCCCGGCGAGUACGUCAAUGGAAAACUGAAGGUCAACUAUGCGGAGGGUGUCUUUGUCGGCUACAGGCACUACGACCGCAUCGCCCGCGAGAAGGUCAACUUCCCCUUCGGUUUCGGUCUCUCCUACACUACCUUCCAGCUCGGCAACCUGAAGGUUGCGCCGUCAAGCGAAGGCUUCAUCAUGUCGGCCGAGGUGACCAACACCGGCAAGGUCGCUGGUGGUAUUGCGGUGCAGAUCUAUGUUGGUAAAGCAGAGAACUCGGCUGAGCAUCCGGUCAAGUCGCUGGUUGCGUUCCAAAAGGUCCGGCUGCAGCCCGGCGAGAAGCAGAAUAUCCUCUUGGAUGUUGCCGGACGUGAUCUUGCCUACUUUGACGAGGGGCGCCAUGAGUGGGUUGUCGACGCCGGAAAGUACGAGUUCCACUUGGCAUCUUCGGCUGUGGACAUUGCUGAUACCGCGGCUGUUGUGGUGGGUAAGGAGGUCACCUACAAGGCAUAG